AUGUAUCAAAUCUUCUUCUUCAUUCUUACAAUCUUCCACAGUUCCUACAAUGUCUCUGCUCAUCCGUUCACACACGGCAACCUCGCCGCUAAUUUCGAGCCAAAGUUGGCCGUGGUCACAGUAGUUCUCGCCAUCAUAUUCUCACUCACUUUCAUCCUCCUCGUCUACGCCAAGUGCUGCCACAUCGAUCUCUGGUCAAGAACCGGCGAAAGAAUACGUCAAGAUCGCCGGAUCAUACAAGGAAUCUUCGGUAGCCGGUCAACUAACUCCUCGGACCGAUUCUCCGGUUUAGACAGAACAGUAAUCGAGUCACUUCCUAUGUUCAGAUUCUCGGAUUUGAAAGGAUCAAAACAAGGACUUGACUGUUCUGUUUGCUUGUCUAAGUUCGAAAGUGUGGAGAUUCUUAGAUUGUUGCCCAAAUGUCGUCACGCUUUCCACGUGGGAUGCAUCGAUCAGUGGCUUGAGAGGCACGCAACGUGCCCUCUUUGCAGAGACAGAGUUUAUGGAAACAGCUUUCGGUUCUUGAAUCAGUCUGAGGUACGAGAAGAUUCAAGCUUGGAAAGAAGAAGAAGAAGUUUGUGGGUCGUCGAGAUUUAG